GACCCCUGACGAGGGACAGCUGGCUUGUCCCUGACGAGCUAAUUGCAAUCAGGCGGGUGGCCAGGGGGUAUAUGAGUGCAUAUAGCAGAGAGGAGCUAGAGCAUUUGCUGUGCCUGGGGGAAGUCUCCUGGGUUGUUUUAGGGAGGAAGAAGUGUUUUAGGGUGUUUUGGGUCUUGUUUUAAUGCUGUGAGCCCUCUGCCAUGAAGCCUUUGCCCCUUCUGGUGCUCCUUGUGCUGGUGCCCUUGGCAUGGGGACCAGCACCCAGGGAGCUGCUGAGCCCCCCCUGUGGGGCUGCUGGUGCUGCCCCGGGGGGUUGUGGAUCCUGCCCAGAGCAUCAGGAUGUGAAACCAGGGGCAGAGUUUCCAUGGGUAAUGGCGUAUGCAUCUAUGAGAAGCUGCCACAGAGUCCUGAGGGAUGCCUAUGGGGAGUUUUCUCCUCCUGCAUAUUGUAGUGAUUCUCCAAUGAACUUCUGGUGCAACUGGACAAUCUGGGCAGGCUCCAGAAAGCAUAUAAUAAUUUACAUCCAGGGCUUUACCACUAAGGAAGGUUGUAACAAAAAUGAGGACAAAAUCCUCUUCGAAGGAGUUUCUUCACUGGUGGAAAACAGUGUGGUUUAUGCUUGCUGGAAGAAGGAGAUGCAUGUCUUUGCCACCUUUGCUCGGGCUGUCCAUGUUGUGCUGCUGAAGAGGUAUGUGCCAAACUGCAGAGACUCACAGUUUAAAGGGAAGUAUUUUACCUUCCAAGAUGGGAAAGGCGAAUCUCCCUCCAGUGGCGCUUCAAUUCCCAAAACUCUGUCUCCAGAGCUAUCCAAGCCAGGUGGUAUUUUUGAGCCUGGUUGGGCUGAAGACCCCAGGGACGUGCUGGGCUUUGGGACCACAGAUAGCACCGAGAGUUUUGGUGCAACUGCGGUGCUGCACGAUGUGUCCCCACAGGGAAGAGGCACUGCAGAAAGCCCCAACAGGCUUGUCCCAUACCGAGGUGCAGAGAUCCCACUCCUGGAAACAAAAGCUGCUCGUGUGCCGGGGUCUGAGCCACCAGCAGGCCUGAGGCUCUGCGAGGAGGAUCAGUGUGGGGGCAUGGCCCGGGGUGGGAGCCCCACUGCAGGGCCGGGCUCCUGGCAGCAGGGUCCUGCCACGAGUGGAGACGUCAGCAGGUUUUCAAGUGUGCCUUCGGAAACUCCUUUGCUCGGAGCCUUGCAGGGCGCAGAGCCUUUUCUGCAGCCCACAGGCAUGGGUCAGGAGGGUGGUCUGUCUGUCCUGCACUCUAGCCUGAGGCUGGGAGAUGUGGGCAGCUCACAGCCCACCAUUAAACCAACACACACCACUUACCUGGAUGUGGCUGCUCGAUCACGGGCUCUGUCCUCUGGCAGAAGGGAAAGCCAGGAUAGUGUUGAUGCCACCACGUACCAGGGGCUGGACGCAGCUGGUUUGGAGGAGAACAAGAGGCAGGAGGAGGACAAAAGCCAUGGAGCAGCGAGGGGUGAUGCUGAUGGCCUUGCAAAGGGCCUGACACCUAGCCUGAGUACCCUGUACCAAGUGGUGAGGAAGGACAGCUCGCAGAUGCCACCUGAGAGAAGCCAAAGCAGUUUCGAGGGUUUGUCCACAACUCAACCCGACCUGGAAACGACCAGCCUCCAGCAUACGAAGCUGAUGGGUAUUUCCCCCCCUGAAAUAAAAAAAAUCCCCACACCAGCCCUCUCUCACCAUGACCAUGUCCCUGCAGGCUUUGGAUCUGGCAAUUUCACCCCCAAGGAUCCUCUUUCUUCACAAGUGGAGGCUGUCUCCAGGGCAGCCUCACCUCUAGCAGCAGCUCUGGGUUUGGAUCCUGUCAGGAGAAGGGCAGGCACCCCACCACCUGUCCCUGGAGGACAGGAGGUGUUCUCCCCAUCACCACCUCGCCAUCCAUCAGCAGCCCCUGCGCUGGGUACAGACGUGUCCCCCGGCCCCCUUGGCCUCGAGAUGAGCAAACGGGUGCUGGAAGAGGGUGGCCAGCAAGAAGAAACCCUAGCUCCUGCAGGCUUGCCAGACAGGGGUCCCUCUGUGGCCUCCAUCCCCAGCCUGAGGCCCAUCACAGGCCUUCCUUGUCCCCAGCACCAGAAAACCACAGAAGGCUUCCGAGCAAGUGCAGGUGAGCAGAGAAAUGCCUCCUUGAGCCAUCAUCACUCCGGUUCUCCUGUGGCCCCGCAGGGACAAACAGUGCUGCAAGGCCAGGAGCUGCAGCAGCCCUCCAGUGACCCCUUGUCCAGAAAGACAUGGAUGCCAGGAGGACAGCGACAGCAACAUGCUGAGCUGGGACUGCCCUGGGCAACAGAGUACUUCCCUGCCAGGAGCUGCCACGUCGUCUUUCAGGGUGGGUUUGGGAUGUUCUACCUCCCCCCACAUGGCGACAUUAAAGCCAACAUCUGGUGCAACUGGACCAUCUGGGCAGGCCCCCAGAAGCACGUUGUCAUCUAUGUCCAGGGGUUUCAGGGGAGUGAAGGCUGCGGUAAGAAUCAGGACAAGAUGAUUUUCCAGGGGGUCCUCUCAAGUGUGGAAACCAAAGUCGUGUACGCCUGUCACAACCGAGGUACUCUGAUCUUUGCUACGCGAGCCAUUGUGGUCCACGUGUUAUUUCUGUCCGGGGGUGGCUCCCUAAGCAGUGAAUACAAACAUUUUAAGGGACAGUAUUAUGUAUUUGGAGACUAUGAAUCUGUGGGUUCUUCAAAUGAAAUCAUAGCUCCUGGAGAGCCUGUUCAGGAGAGCUGGAGGACAGCAGUAACAAAAGACUUCCUGCCCAUGCUGAGAGCUUCUCCGAGCCCAUCAGCUGUGCCUCCUGCAGACAGGUUCAAGCCUGAGUUCAUAAGCUCAGAUGAAAAAGACCAACACCUUCCUGAUCUAGCAGAAGAUGCCCAGCCCGGUGCUAGCCUGGGCAAGCAUGGUGAGCUGCAGGAUGAAACCAAGAUGGAAAGGAGCCUUCAGGAUGGUGGCACCGAGGGGGAAGAAUCCGACAAUAUGUUGGUGGCUCCAGCCAGAGGCGAUGCUGGGUGUGAAGCUGAGCAACCCCCCUUGGAGGCUGUGAAGGGGGAUGUAGGGCUGGUAUCUGCUCUGGUCACUGUAGCCCCACGUAGCUCACCUGGUGUCUCAUCUUCAGAGGUGCCCAGCAGCACUGCAGGCCUCUCUGACUCCUCUAGCCUGGGACAGGCCAGUGGCACCCUGGAAGCAGAGGUGGUCACCACACAUCGCCUUCCAAUGCUGGAAAAGCCACCGCUAAACACAAGUACGGGACCUUCUCCUCUCUAUCCCUCUCCUGGUGUGACUGCUGGAGGUAUGGUGUCACCACAGGAAAGACACGAAGACCUUUUUGAUCUGGAUUCUGUUCUGGCAUCCCUGGAGAACAGUACAGCACUGCAAUCCCUGCACCACCCAGGCGAUGUGCUGUUUGAAGUAACUACUGAAAUCAAGCACGAGGAGUGGAUCUCUCUUGGUGGAAGUGAGCUCAGAAAAGAUCUUAUCGAGUCCCUUAAGAACAGCAUUCAGCAGAACCUGAAACUCUCUGCCAACAGAGUCAAUGAGAUAAAGUUAAAGGAAGUCAGAAGGACGACCAAUGCCAGCCUGCUGCUCACCUUCUGGCUGCACCUGAAGCCCCAGGAGAGAAAUAUGUCCUUGCUCCUGCACUCCCAGCUGGAAGAACUGCUGGGCGCCUCGGUGGGAGUGGAGAAGUUGCAGCUGGUCUCGCUGCUAGUGGAAGAUGUGAAUGAGUGCAGCUCGGGAGUCAGCCUGUGUGGGGAGGAGGCAGAGUGCUUCAAUGGUGUGGGCACCUAUUUGUGCCGCUGCAAGAAGGGCUAUGAGGACCGUUCUCCCACGAAGUCUGGCACGCUGUGCGUCCGUGCUCCCACAUCAGGGAUGGGCUUCCUGCUCCGACACGGCGACAUCCUGGUGGGGGCGGCCAUCAUGGCCUGCCUGGCAAUGCUGGUGGCCGCCGCAGCCAUGUGUGGGGCAAAAUGCUGGGGACAGCGCCCCAGGAGGGACCUGGGGCCUGAGGAGCCUCCAGAGAGGCCUGCGGAGGAGCCGGUGAUGGAGCUGCGGGACCUGGAGGACUGCCUGCGCCUCGACCCCUUCCAGCUGAAGCUGCGGGCCAGGCCCCCGGAGUGGCUGUGGGGUGCCCGGGCCCACCCUGGGCAAGCUUACCGUGUCUUCCUGGAGCAGUCCCCCCCGCUCUAGGAGAGCCCCAUAGUGCUGCUAGCCACCAUCGCCUCUGCUGUUCGUCCUGUCUUCCUUGGCUGCGUGGCCCCUCCUUGUGUCUCUUAUGGACAAACACCUCUCACAGUCGUCUUUGUCUUGUCAUUUAUGGCUUUUAAAUGCUCGCUCUGCUUUGGAAGUCAAGAGCUUGCUCACAGCACUCUGUCCUCUCCCACAUUCCCUCCUUGAGAUUUGUGCAGACAUGUCAGUACAUGGAAAAAAUAAAUGCUUAUUUUUUUAAGAAAAAAAUAAGAAAUAAGGUGUUUUGCUACUUGAUUUAAGGAAUUAGUUAGUCUUGCACCUCUCCUCCCUACCCAUCAUGCAGAGCUCUGUAGGAAGCCAGGACAAGACUGAAGCAAUGACCAACUUCUCAGCUUCUUGCACGGGGGGUGAGAACUGUAAGGUUUUGGUGAGUUUUCUAGCCUUUACAAGACAAACAAUGGGGACAACACUUUUUGUGCUUUUGUGAAUUCUGGUUGCUGAAAAGCCACUUGAAAACAGCAACAUCCAGCACCUCAUCCUCCUAGCUGGCAAUAAAGCGCAGUUGUGUCCCCAAGUCACAAGGCUUGUGACUUCUCUUUCUGUUUCGUUUUUAUUUACUGAUUUUAUUUCUUAAUUUCGGAUAACCUUGCUUCUCUCCGGGAAGGUAUGUCAAUG